ACUGAGAGAAAACAAAAGAAAAAAAAAAACUUAUCGGAAAAAAAGAAGAAGCUAUCAAUCAAUAGAUCAUUGAUUGAUUGCAGAGAAGCCGCGAAAGAGACAAUCUCCAAAUCUCCAUCUCCAAUUCAGGGUUGUUGUUACCUUCACGAAUGACGACUUCUGUUUGCCCUUUCUCGAAAGCUGCUCGUCCUGACGAUGCUUCCACUCGAAAACAAGGCGAUACUGCGGCAUCUGGUUGCCCUUUUUCUAAAGCUGCUCGUCCCGACGAUGCUUCUGCUCGAAAACAAGGCGAAAUUACGGCUUCUGGUUGCCCUUUUUCUAAAGCUGCUCGUCCUGACGAUGCCUCUGCACGAAAGCAAGACGAAAUUGCAAGUAAUGGAUGUCCCGAACACGAAGGAAAAUUGAAUAAGGACUCUACUGAUUCUGCAACUGUGCCUGCCAAGUGCCCCUUUGGUUAUGACUCUCAAACAUUCAAGCUUGGGCCUUUUAGCUGUAUGCUAUGUCAAGCACUUCUAUAUGAGAGCAGUAGAUGUGUACCUUGCACACAUGUGUUUUGCAAAGUGUGCGUAUCACGGUUUAAUGACUGCCCUCUUUGCGGUGCUGACAUUGAAAGUAUUGAAGUUGAUGAAAACCUUCAAAAGAUGGUUGAUCAAUUUAUUGAAGGCCAUGCUAGAAUCAAGAGAUCUGUCGUCAAUGGAACAGAAAAAGAAGAGAUUGAAAAUGAUAACAAAAAAGUGAUUUACGCUGAUGUUUCCAUGGAAAGAGGUUCUUUCUUGGUGCAACAAGCUAUGAGGGCAUUUAGUGCCCAAAAUUAUGAAAGUGCUAAAUCAAGGUUGGCAAUGUGUACCGAGGAUAUUCGGGAUCAACUAGGGAGGGAGGGCAAUACACCAGAGUUGUGUUCACAGCUUGGUGCAGUCCUUGGCAUGCUUGGUGACUGUAGCCGAGCGAUGGGAGACUCAAGCUCUGCAGUCAAGCAUUUUGAAGAGAGUGUUGAAUUCCUUAUGAAACUGCCGUUGAAUGAUUUGGAGAUUACACAUACACUUUCUGUCUCACUCAAUAAAAUAGGAGAUCUUAAAUAUUAUGACGAAGAUCUACAAGCUGCAAGGUCGUAUUAUGAUAGAGCUUUAAAUGUCAGACGUGAUGCAAUGAAGCAUCACCCAAAUGCUCCUUCACAAAUUCUGGAUGUGGCAGUUUCCUUAGCCAAAGUUGCGGAUAUAGACAGGACUCUACAAAAUGAAGUUGCAGCAACAGAUGGUUUCAAGGAAGGCAUGAAACUGCUGGAAUCUUUGAAACUGGACUCUGAAGAUUCUGCUCUCGAGCAACGACGGCUCUCUGUGCUGGAGUUCCUUAAGAAGCAAGUAGAGAAGCCUGAACAGUAUGCAGAAACUGCACUCUAAAUCGAUGCAUGCUUAUGUACGUAUAUAUAUAUAUAUAUAUAGAAAUUAUACCUAAGCUCUCCUCUGUGGCAUUUUGCUGAAUAAAAGAACGAGAAAGCAAAAAAUGUUGUAUUUGCGCUCAAGGGACAAAGAAACAGAGUGGUCUGUAUGUUGUGAAUUGUGAUGGUUUCACUGCA